UCUCCUGGGCAUGCAAACAGAGCACAGAGAACCACCAGCAGCUCUGACCUGAGCAGCCUUCCUGGGAAGAUGCAGCCACCCCUGCUCGUGCUCCUGCUGGCCUUUUUCCUGCUCCCCUCGGCAGAGGCAGGGGAGAUCAUCGGGGGACAUGAAGCCAGGGCCCACUCCCGCCCCUACAUGGCCUAUCUUCACAUUAAAGAUAAGAAGGAGUUCCUGUGUGGCGGUGUCCUUGUGCAAAAGAACUAUGUUCUGACAGCUGCUCACUGCAAUGGAAGGUCAAUCAGUGUCAUCCUGGGGGCCCACAACAUCAAAGAGAAGGAGAAGACCCAACAGGAUAUCCUGGUGAAAAGAGCCAUCCCGCACCCAAAGUUUAAUAAGAGGAAAGGCACCUAUGACAUCAUGUUACUGCAGGGGGACUCCGGGGGGCCUCUCCUGUGUAGAAAUGGGAUCCAGGGCAUUGUCUCCUAUGGAUCCAAAAACGGGACACCCCCAUGA